ACCCUGCUACAUCAGCCUGACUUCUCCCUCAGCUGAGCGGUGCCAGCCUCCCUACCCUUACCAGGCCAUCUCAGCCUUGGGACCCUGCUAGGCAGUACCACCGAAGAGGGACAGAUCAAAAGGGAUGGGCAGGUAUGACCAGGACAGAAGAAUAUUCCGCAUUCUGCACCACUGGCAAUUUCUCUGGACAUAGGAGUUACUCUCAAAGUUGGUUUCUUUUAGGGAAACACAAGCAUAUGCAUCCCCUGACAUCCGCUGGUAGUAACACACGUCUGUCUGCGUAAUGGGGAAGAACCUAAAGAAUGUCCUGGUGGUUUCCUGUGGAUUCUUCCUUCUCUUCACAGCCUAUGGAGGCCUGCAGAACCUGCAGAGCAGCCUCUACAAUGAGGAUGGCCUGGGCGUGGUGACCCUCAGCACCAUCUACUGUAGUAUGAUGCUGUCCUCCAUGUUCCUCCCACCUGUCCUCAUCAAGAAGCUUGGCUGCAAGUGGACCAUGGCGGGCUCUAUGUGCUGCUACAUGACCUUCUCCCUGGCCAACUUCUACCCCAACUGGUACACCUUGAUCCCUACUUCCAUCUUGCUGGGCCUGGGUGCAGCUCCUCUGUGGUCGGCCCAGUGUACCUACAUCACCAUCAUGGGAAAUCUGCAAGCACAGAAAGAGGGGAAGCUGGCCAAGGAUAUGGUGAACCAGUACUUUGGCCUCUUCUUUCUUAUCUUCCAGUCCUCUGGAAUGUGGGGCAACCUCAUUUCCUCACUGGUGUUCAGCCAGACGCCCAGUAAAGUGGUCAUCCCAGAGGAUCAGCUCAAGUCCUGUGGAGCCAAAGAAUGUCUGAUGGACACAGAGGUCAGCAAUAGCACCUACCACCCCUCCCACCAUCUAACCUACACACUCCUGGGUAUCUUCAACGGUAGCAGUGUCCUGGCCAUCUUGCUGGUGUCCGUGUUUCUGGAGUCUGUGGAAAACAGAUUGGCUAGUGAAGGAGAGGCGAGGCCCAGAUCGCCACCUCUCUUGUCCACUGUACUCUCGACCUUCACACUUUUUAAAGACAAGCGCUUGUGCCUGCUGAUGUUCCUGCCACUGUACAGUGGGCUCCACCAAGGGUUUCUCUAUGGAGAGUACACAAAGUCUUAUGCCACCUGUGCCCUGGGCAUCCAUUUCGUGGGCUAUGUGAUGAUCUGCUUCUCGGCUGUCACCUCCCUGUGCUCCCUGCUGUAUGGGAAGAUCUCCAAGUACACGGGCAGGGCGGCGCUCUAUGUGACGGGUGCUACCAUUCACCUCGUUUGCAUUAUCAUCCUCCUUCUGUGGCGCCCGAACCCAGCCCAGCUGCCUGUCUUCUUCAUCCUCUCUGGCCUGUGGGGAAUGGCAGAUGCCGUCUGGCAGACACAGAACAACGCUCUGUACGGCGUCCUGUUUGAGAAGAAAAAGGAAGCUGCUUUUGCGAACUACCGCCUUGGGGAAGCCUUGGGGUUCGUCAUCGCCUUUGGGUACAGCUCGUUCCUGUGUGUGAGGACCAAGCUCUAUAUUCUCUUGGGCAUCUUGAGCCUGACCAUCACGGCUUACGGGACUGCUGAGUACCUGGAAUCCAGGGCUGCUGGCAAGGCCCCUCCUGCAGGAGAGAAAAGUGAGGCAGGAAAAGAAGAAAUGAAGACAGAGAUAUGAGUUCAGCCUAGCCAUGGCCGAAACUUCAGCCCGGGUCAGCAGAGGAGGUCUGUAUGGCGGCACUCAGUAGGUAGACACCCGCUAACUGUUUCAGCAAUAUCUGGACAUUCUGGAGAGUAUUUUUUUAUGGAUUUUUCUCAACUUGACAAAUUUCCAGUCCAUUUUUCUACUCGCAGAGAUCAAGGGUAUAUAUGCAACGGGCCGGGAACAUAGCGUAGCGCUGGGGUGCUGGCUCAGCACGCACAAGGCCACGUGUUCAGUCCCCACUUCCACAAAAAGAAGGCAACACCUAUGUACAGGGGCAGGGGAGAUGGCUCAGUCCGUACAGUACUUUCCAGGCCAAGCAUGCAGACACCAGCUUGAACCCCGACACACGUUAAAAAACAAAGGCAGGGACUGGAAAUGGCAGUGCACACUUGCCAUUGUGCGUUCUACACUGGGGAGGCAGAGGCAGAGAGGUCCAUGGAGCUCAUUGGCUCUUCAGGCUAGCCAGACCCAUGAGCUCCGGGUCCAGUGAAAACCGUACUGAGGUUAACAGAAACUGGGGUCACCUAAUGUCAACCUCUGGCCAUUAUACACCACACACACACAUCAUACACACACAUCAUGCACACACACUCACACACACACAUAACAUCACAUCACAUCACAUAUACACACACUGGCACCAAACACACACACACACACCACACAGACAGACACACACACUACACGGAAGUAUCUGUUAUAGAUAUUAAAUGAAACAUCAAAUAUUUCCAGAGUAGGUUUACCUUAGUUUUUGCUGUUGUGUUUAAUAGUUGGAAGAACCAUACAUUUACAAACACCAUAAUUUUACAAAUGGGUAAACAUCUAAUGCCACAGAUUUUACAAAUGGACACAAAAGCCAACUGAACAAAGCUCACAGGGGUUAGCCACUCCGCAGCGCGUGCCUCUUGAAAUUCCCUGGGGGCUUCUCUAAAUAAAAAGUUUAUGCCUCUGUU